UUUUUUUUUUAAUCCUUCCUUAUCAAUAUUAUCUUCUGUAUUCAAUCUAUUUCUAUUUGUUCAUUUGCAAUCUGUUACCUGGCUUUCUGUAAAUUCAUUAGUUUUUUUUUGCCUCAUUUCUUUCAGUUGCAACAUGGCGUCUAAUCUCACCGUCUUCCUUGGCGGAGGGAAGAAGCAGCUUGUCAAGACUACGCCGACCAUGAUUCUUCGGCAGGUUGUCAACACUGUCUGUGAAAAGCAAGGUUAUGGUGACCCAGAGACUUAUGGGCUCAAGAGUGGAAAGAACUUCCUGGAUUUGUCAUUAUCGAUCCGAUAUGCUAACAUCGUACCAGGGGCUAAGCUUGAACUUGCCAGAGUUCCAAAAGACAAAUCAACGCCCACACACGUUGAUCUGGCUUUACAGCUCGAGGAUGGAGGACGAAUGAUUCAAUCGUUUGCGGUGACCACCACGCUCUGGGAUGUCCUUCUAGGGUUCGAGAGAGCUUCAAAUGGAACACUAAACUUGACACGACGUACUGCAGUACCUCAAUCAACUACAAAAAAUAUUUUCUCCCUUCAGAGGAUCAAGAAGGCUGUUAAACCAGCAACAGAGGUUUAUAUGCUACCUGUUGUCAUUCUACUGGAGCGCGAGUAUGUCUCGAUCCCAAUACUCAAGACAACCACAUUACAGCUUGCUGGCCUUUUCAAAGGAAACGCAGUGUUUCGCGUUAUGAUGCGACCUACAGAUGCAGGAAUCGAAGAUUUCAUGGAGGAUAUUGAGCGCGUCCUGUUGCCUAAUGCAACAGCAAACAACGAGGCGCCUAAAAAUUUGUCAGCUCUAGAGUCAAGUUCAAACCCGAUACUUGUCUCUAAUAGAACAUCAGAUGCAAAUCCUUCGCCUCACACUCUGCCAUUCGGAAUAGAUAAGACAGCAGGUGAGAAGCCUGAUGUUAUAAUUUCGACUGAUAGCAACCCAGCAAUUCCAGGAGGACGUACUGGAGAAAUCUCCAAUACACGUGAAGUGGUGGGACCAGCCUCAGGGGCUGGCAUGGAUAUAGAUUUACAGCGUCAAACACCCGUACAAGACAUGAGCGUAGCUAUGAUUGAGGCCAGCCAGGAAAUUCGUCAGCUUCGUGAGCAGCAAACACAGGCAGCGCUGACGGAUCGAGUUAAGAAACUCUCCAAGGCAUCUGAUAGUUCUGAUAGGGAUCGUUUUGUCCGUAGCUUACCGCCAGGAGUUUUUACAGAGGAGCCCGUCAGCGAGCUUGACUCUAACUCCUCUCAGCCCCGAUCCGAAUCACCCAACUCAACAUCGACUAACCAGCAGGAUGUCGUCCGUCAAAUCGCUCAUCGUGUCAGUUUGCAGCUGAAAAAGGCUCAGGAACGGGGUGAUUCCACGAUUGAUUAUCAGACACUUAUCGCCUUAGAGGUUGAAAAGGAGCAGAAAGCCGGCGUAUUGCCAGGCACGCCCACCGCCAGCCGCCAGAACACGAUUCAGAGAAAUAAAGCCGAAGACGAAAGCCCAACCCAUUUGGACGCCGCGACUCCAUCGAAGUCAGGGGCAUUAUCAGAAGAACCUUUCGACCGUAAUGUCAAAGUGUUCCGACCACCUUCAGACAGCUCAGUCCCGCUCUCAAAUCAAAUCGAUCUUCCCGAUGACUUUUACACAUUGACACCUCAGGAUGUGAUGAAGCUGCUGAAUAGCCAAAAGGCUAAGCGUGAGGAAGAAGAGAAUCGGGGAUUUAAAACAUCUGCAGUAAGGGCGGAAGAAGAAAAGGCUAGAGAACGUCGCUAUCCCAAGACGAUCAUCCGCAUCCGCUUUCCCGACCGAGUUCAGCUUCAAGCCACAUUCCGCAGCCAGGAGACUGUGGGUGAUCUUCGGAAAUGGGUUGCCAGUGCAUGUGUUGGUCAAGGAGAAAAGUUUGAUCUAUAUAUUACUCCUCCUAGGAAAGUACUUUCAGACAACAAACAAACAUUGUAUCAAGCAGGAUUGGCGCCUCAGAGUAUUGUUUAUUUCUCUUGGGUUGACUCGAAGCUCAAUCAGAACCCACCAUUCCUUAACGGUGAACAUAUGAUGAUGAUGCAGGACCUACCCAACCCAGGUGAGGAGCCUGAAGAGAAAUCAGAAGAAGCAUCUUCUUCCACAAUGCCUGCGUCAGGUGGGCAUACUCUGAACCAACAGGGAUCGACUCCUAUACUUAGCAAGGAAGAACGACGGAUGAGUGAGCUUAUGAGCACAGAAAAGCGUGCUGGCGGUGGCAGCAAUGGAGCGUUGCCUAAAUGGAUGAAGCUGUCAAAGAAAUAAAUAAAUAAUAGAAAUAAUAAAAAAAUUGAUACAAUCAUUUAAUAAAAUACAGAAAUACAUCAC